AUGUCCCUCUGUCAGUAUGUAUCUGUCUUCCUCUCUCCAGCUCGUUCCAGGAGCGUGAUGACCGGUGAUCCCAUGGCGGCCUGCAACUGGGCAGCCUCCCCCAACCUGCUGGAGCGGCCCCUGAAGAUCGGCUGGCUGAAGAAGCAGCGCUCCAUUGUCAAGAACUGGCAGCAGCGGUACUUUGUACUGAGGGGCCAGCAGCUGUGUUACUACAAGGACGAGGAAGAUGCCAAGCCCCAGGGCUGCCUGUUUCUGCAGGGAAGCACUAUCAAGGAGGCAGUCAGCAACCCAGAGGAAGCGGGGAAGUUUAUCUUUGAAAUCAUCCCGGGGGUCUCGGGAGACCAGAAUCGAACAGGACAAGACUCCUAUGUACUGAUGGCCAACUCCCAAUCCGAGAUGGAUGAGUGGGUUAAGUCGAUCCGAAGAGUGGUGGGAUCUCCAUCAGGAGUGGUAUUUGGCCAGCGCUUGGCUGAGACUGUGGCAUAUGAACAGAAAUUCGGGCAGCACCUGGUCCCCAUCUUGGUGGAGACAUGCGCAGAGUUCAUAUGCGAGCACGGCAUGAAUGAGGAGGGCAUCUUCCGACUGCCUGGCCAGGACAACCUGGUGAAGCAGCUGAGGGAUGCAUUUGACGCUGGGGAAAGGCCAUCUUUUGACCGCGAUACAGAUGUACAUACGGUGGCCUCUUUGUUCAAACUCUACCUGAGGGAACUCCCGGAGCCCGUUGUACCGUGGUUGCAGUAUGAGGACUUCCUCCUGUGUGGAAUGCUUCUGAAUGCUGAUGAAAUGAAGGGUCAUCAGGAGCUAGUGAAGCAGCUGUCCCUGCUUCCCCGAGUCAAUUACAACCUCCUCAGUUAUAUCUGCAGGUUCCUACAUGAAAUACAGCUGAACUCCAGCGUCAACAAGAUGAGUGUGGAUAACCUGGCAACAGUGAUUGGAGUGAAUCUCAUCAGGCCGAAGAUAGAGGACCCUGCAGUUAUUAUGAGAGGCACCCCCCAGAUCCAGAGAGUGAUGACUGUGAUGAUAAGUGACCAUGCCAAGCUCUUCCCCGUGUCAAAAGAUGAACCCCCUUCUCCACCCGCCCAAAGGAACGAUUCCAAGAAGAUCCAAGUGCCGCGCAGUUCCGUGGGCUGGGAUGCUGCAGAAGAUCCACCAGCGUCCAAGGCAAACACUGUAACCCACGGCCAAACGAGAGAUGACCUAGAUACUGGCAGUCCCACUUCCUCUGGAGCUGCGGUCAGGCUGGGCGCAUCUCUCGAAGAUAAUGAUGUAAACCAACCCAAAGAUAUGUUGGAAAUGUGGAAAAUACAGUCCAGGAAAAGAACUCAGACCCUUCCUAACAGGAAAUCCUUCCUAACUGCUUCCUCUCAGGGGGAGAAAGCCAGCAGCGAUAAAAAUGACAUAUUCAGCAAUGACUUUUGGACAACUUCAGGAAGUCAGUUCUCUCCUACUUCCCCGACGGAUGGACACAAAAGAACAUUGUCUCAAGAUCUUUUUAAGCUGCUCGACAUUCACCGGACUUCAACCUAUGACAAUGUCCCUACCUGCCAGGCAGAGAGUGGGGAGAGCGCUUGUACUAGCCCUCUCAGCACAGCAAGCAGCGGCUCCAAGAAAGAUUUGUUAGCAAACCAAAGCCCUAACCUUGUGCCAAAGGAACUAUUGGGUCCAAACAUCAGUGCUGAGGACUGGUCAGGCUCUGGUCAGGAGAACCAGGAGUCCCUUCGAAAGGUGAUCCUGGAGCUGAAAAAAGAAAUAGAAAUGCAGAAAAAGGACUAUGAAGACCAAAUUAAAAGCCUCCAGAAGGAGAACUACGAAGUCUGGGCCAAAGUGGUGCGACUGAAUGAAGAGAUCGAGAAAGAGAAGAAGAAGUUUGCGGUGCUGGAACUGAAGCUUCAGAAUGUGGAGCGCUCACGGGAAGACAUUGAGAAGAGGAACAAGGUGCUGGAGCAGGAGAUCCAGGACUUUGUCAAAUCCAUGAGUAAUCCCAGGGACAAAAGAAAAUAAGAGAACGGACCUGGAUGUGCACACGUGGA